CCCUAAAACUCCCUUAAACCCAACACGAAACACCAAAAAAAUCCCUUCAAAGCAAUGGCGUUGUUCUCCCGCAUCCGUACACCGGCAACCGCCGCAUCUUUUCACCUCCGCCACUUCUCAAUCCUUUCUCAAGACUCCUCCGCCCCUCUCACCUCUCACCAAAAAUCACGCGCCGCCCUCUCCCUCCUCAAAUCAGAGCAAAACCCCGAACGCAUCCUCGAAAUCUGCCGCGCCGCCUCACUCACCCCACUAUACCACCUCGACCGACUUGCCUUCUCCGCUGCAAUCUCCAAACUCUCCGAUGGAAACCAUUUCCACUACGUCGAUACUCUCCUCCGUGAACUCCGUUCCCGUCCCGACUUACAAAACGAGCGUUUCGCAUCCCAUUCAUUAAUCCUCUACGGUCAAGCCAAGCUGCUGAACAACGCCUUAACGGCGUUCGGCGACUUUUACAACGAGGGGUUAUGCCGUACGACGAAAUCAUUGAACGCUUUGAUUUUUGCGGCAAUUAUAGCGAAGGACUAUAAAGAAGCGAAGAGGAUUUUUGUGGAAUUUCCCAAAAGGUAUGGCAUUGAACCUGAUUUAGAAACUUACAAUACUGCGAUUAAGGCUUUGUGUGAAUCUGGAUAUUCGACUUCUGUUUAUUCAAUUUUGGUUGAUAUGAAAAGUAAAUCGAUUAAGCCAAAUGCGACCACAUUUGGGACUUUAUUAGCUGGGUUUUAUGCGGAGGAGAAAUACGAAGAUGUUGGUAAAGUGUUGAAUUUGAUGAAGGAACAUGGGAUUCCAAUUGGGAUUAGUACUUACAAUAUAAGGAUUCAGAGCUUGUGUAUGUUGAAGAAGUCUAAUGAGGCUAAGGCUUUACUCGAUGGGAUGAUAUCGAGAGGGAUGAAGCCAAACUCGGUUACAUAUAACAAUUUGAUAUAUGGGUUUUGUAAGGAAGGGAAUUUGGAGGAAGCUAAGAGGUUGUUUAAGAGCAUGGUGGACAGAGGAUUGAAGCCUGAUAGUCAAUGUUACUUUGCUUUAGUGCAUUUCUUGUGUCAAGGUGGGGACUUUGAGAGUGCUUUGAGGAUGUGUAAAGAGAGUAUGGAGAAAAAAUGGGUUCCGAAUUUUUCGACUAUGAAAUCUCUUGUGAAAGGACUUGCUAGCAUAUCUAAGGUUGAUGAGGCCAAGGAACUUAUGCAGAAUGUUAAGGAGAAGUUCUCCAAAAAAGCAGACAUGUGGGAAGAAAUUGAAAAGGAUUUGGUAAGCUAGUCUGGUCGAGUUUGCAUGGAAAUGAAAAUUAUUUGAGCCCUUUUCUCGUGCAGGUGGAAUUGUUUUCCUCUUGUUUGUUGAACUAUUGAGCAUCUACUAGUUUACUGGGAUUAUUUUGGCAAUGAAACUGUCCCCAAUAACUUUUUCAUUUUUUUACUUAGACUUGUUCUGCGAGUUAUUUUAGAUGUCCCGGAAUCGUCACUGUAAACAGCUACCCCGAUUUCUGAAUGAAAUCUGUUAUCAAGUUGAUGUUUAUGAUGGAAUUACAGCUGGUUUUGCUCAUGAAACUCGGCAACGAUCAAGGUAAAGGCAACUAUCGUAGAUUGGGAUAUUUUCUUGAUUGGAUGGCGUAGUCUAUGGAACUUAUCAGCGGGCGCUUGUAUGUUCCCUUAUUGUUUUGUGUUCAUCUUUGACAUUUCUGUUGAGUACAAUUGUGGUGCAUAGUGCAUACUGGUACUUAGCUCAGCUCCAAGAUUUCCCCUUAAAUGUUUUUAAAAGUUCGCCCUGAUUUAACAGAGUUUUAAGUUAUGAA